AAGCGGCGUACCGCAGUUGAUAAGGUGUGCGCGGCAGCGGCGGCGGUUCGUGAGGCGUCUGGCGGGGACGGCGAUGGUCCGAGGCCUGUGGGAGUAGCACGCCCGGAGGAGAGACUUGGUUCAAGAUGUUUUCAAAAUGGAGUUGGUUACUGCAAGCUGUGUGUACUCUGCUGAGCAUUUACUCCUUUGGAGUUUCAGAUGGAUUUGUGAUACCAUGUGGCUAUAUAACUCCAGAGUCUCCUGUAGUAUCCCUUGAGUCCAGCUUUACAGCAUACUGCAUUCUUAGUGACUAUUGUCCAGAUUAUGGCAACCUUCGUGCUGAUAAAGUUAUCUGGAGAAUUAAAACUGAAGUUGUUCCUAAAGAACACUAUAGCAUAAUAAAUGGAACUGUUUCAAGUGUAACAUUCAAUGACACGUCUAUAUUGGCUUCUCCUCUGACUUGUAACGUCUUAGUGACGGGAAAUAUUGAGCAGAACAUCUAUGGAAUUCAAGUUGCCUUGGGCUUUUCUCCAGACAAGCCUGAGAAUUUGAGUUGCAUUGUGCAUCAGACAGGAAUAAAGAAAUAUUAUCAAACUUGUACUUGGGAGCCUGGAAGAUACACAUUUCUGGACACCAAUUAUACUUUGAAAUCUCGGUGGCCAAACGAAGUGUUUCCUGACUGCCUGGGUGCCAAUAAUUCUUGUACCAGUACUUCGGUUGUAUUUUUUGUCAACUUGGAAGUGUGGGUAGAAGCAAAGAAUGCUCUUGGGGUAGUUGAAUCUGACCACAUUGUGUUUGAUCCUAUAAAACAUGUAAAACCGCUGCCACCAUGCAAUCUGUCCCUCAACUCAGGAGAAUUUCCCAGAGUCCUAAAGCUAUCAUGGGAAAACCUAUUUGAUGAAGCACCACUGGAGCUGAGAUUUCAAAUUCGAUACAAGAUCAUUGACAGUAUAAACUGGAUUCAGGUUCCUCUUGAAGACACAGCAACACAGAGAGAUACCUUCUUCAUUCAAGAGCUCAGACCAAACACAAAAUAUGUGUUCCAGCUGCGUUGUGCAACUAGUUGGGGAGAGCACUGGAGUGACUGGAGUAAAGAAGUAGUUGGGUUCACAGCUGAAGAUAGACCAUCUAAAGGACCAGAUCUGUGGAGGAAGAUUAGUCCUGUUCACUCACCAGAAAACUGGACUCUGGUGCUGAUCUGGAAGGAGUUAAAUCCUUCUGAAGCUAAUGGAAUAAUUUUGAAAUAUGAUGUAUCUAUCUUGGGAAAGCCACCACUUCAUUUUCAACAGCAAUUCUACAGUCUGAACACCACACAGCUGACUCUAAAUGUAGAAAAUGGGACAUAUGAAGUGAGAAUUAAAGCAUCAAACAGUGUGGGUGAAUCUCCUGCAUCAGUUUUGCUGAUCCCAGCAACUAACUCAAGAGCUCCUGUGAAAAAUCUUACAGCAUUUCCUAAAGAUGGCAAGCUCUGGGUAGAGUGGACAGUUCCUAAAACUGAUGUUAAUAGAUACAUAAUUGAAUGGUAUGAAGAGUGUGACAAUUUGACAUGUGCUACUGAAUGGCAACAGGAAUCUGGAACGAAAAAUCGCACAUUUUUAAGAGGAGACAUAAAGCCACGGAAAAGCUAUAAAAUAAGUGUGUAUCCAUUAUAUUCAAAUGGUCAAGGAGAAGAAAGAUCAAUACAAGCAUACCUUCAAGAAGAUGCACCUGCUGUAGGUCCCACUGUUCGCACAGCAAAAGUUGGAAAAACUGACGCCCUUAUUGAAUGGCAACCUCUUUCAGUAGAAGAACAGAAUGGAUUUAUCAAAUACUACAAUAUAAUUUACAAAACAGCUACUGGAAAUGAAACGGUUGUGUUUGUGGACCCUUCUAAAACGGAAUACCCACUGUCGUCCUUAUCAAGUGACACUUUAUAUAUGGUGCAGGUAGCAGCAUACACAAAAAAUGGAGGGAAAAGGGGUCCUGCUUUUACAUUUACUACAAAGAAAUUUGCGGAAGGAGAAAUUGAAGCAAUUGUUGUCCCUGUGUGCCUAGCAAUCCUGCUAUUUACUCUUUUAGGUGUAUUAUUUUGCUUCAACAAACGAGAUAGCAUCAAGAAGCACAUCUGGCCUAACGUGCCUGAUCCUUCUAAGAGUGUUAUUGCCCAGUGGUCACCACAAACGCCAUCAAAGCAUUUUCAUCAUUCCAAAGAUCAGAUAUAUCCAGAAGGCAGCUUUACUGAUGUCAGUGUGGUUGAAAUUGACAAGCCAUUUUCUGAACAGGAUCCUAAGCCUUUUGACUUGCUUAGAAAGGAGAAAAAUGCCUCAGAAGGGCACAGCAGUGGUAUUGGGGGGUCGUCCUGCAUGUCUUCUCCUCGGCAAAGCGUUUCUGACAGCGAUGAAGGCGAACCUGCUCAAAAUACUUCUAGCACUGUCCAGUAUUCGACUGUUGUACCCAAUGGCUACCGGGACCAGAUACCUUCAGUCCAAGUCUUUUCAAGGUCUGAGUCAACGCAACCUCUACUGGACUCGGAGGAGAGGCCCGAAGAUCCGCCAGUGCUGAGAAGUGACAACUCAACACCAAGACAUCGCUAUUUCAAACAGAAUUGUAAUAACGAUGAUACAGUCAUGGAUGAGCCUCAUUUGGAUGGGGUAAAACAGAUUUCUCCAAUAAAUGAGGAAGAUGCUGCUGGACCUCAGACUUUGCAAAUGUGUAGCUCUGGCCCAGAUGAACAUGAUGUUGCCUUAGCAGGUGCUUUCCACCCAAGCACUGAAGGACUAGCUGCACAGUUUGAAACAAUGAGAACAAAUGCAGUGACAGAGGAUGAGGUCCCAAAGUGUUACUUACCACAGACUGUAAAGCAGGGUGGUUAUAUGCCCCAGUGAAGAGACACUGCCACCAGUAGAUACUGUUACAUUAUUGGUUCUGAUAAGUUAAACUGUUUUUUAAAUCUUGCUUCUGCUGAACAAUUCAGGUUCAUUUAUAGAAGAAAACGUGGACAACAUGGGUUUGCGGACUUUGAUUUAAGUUGGAAGUUUCCACCCAUUCUUACAGAAAUAUUCCUUCAAGCACUACAUGUCACUCAACUUUUCAGGCAAAUUAGUUGUCAUUCUGUUUUCUUCUGGGGCAUCACACUUCUUUUAACGUAAAAUGGAACACACCUCGUUUUGUUAGAGGUGAAGGCAUAGAGAUGGAGACUGACUGUGAAUACCUUCUUACAGGAUGAAGAGAUUAGUGUACUAUAUUAUGAAUGUGCUCUUUUCAUCAACUUUGUUGUCAACUUUGUAAAAGUACAGUGUUUUAUAUUGGAACAACUGUGCUUUAAAAAUAAUCUGGAGACCAAAUCUGUGGCCAAAUUUAUGGCAGAAUCAAAACAUUAGAUGGCAUCUAAUGUUCCCAGAUUAAUGGACCAGAAACACCUUGUUUGGAAAUGUGCCCUCCUUGCCAGUCAAAAACUACAAGCCAGUGGAGUGAGAUAUUUAUAUGAAUCAUGACCAUCAAAAUGCUAUUAAUGUCAAAUGCCAGUAUUUCAUACCCUUCCUGUCUUGCAAAUUGAGCCAAAUCUACUGCCGUUUAAACAUUUUUAGAACUCAUACCUGUGCACUUAUUGCACUUAACACUUUUUUGCUUUUUACCAGAAUAGGCUUGGGUGAAGUAAACAUUUAAUAAUAGAUAAUGUAGUUAUACAGUAAGUGUGUUUUUAAUGGGGAAAGUCCACUGCUCUUUGACUGCCAAUGCCAGGUUCUAGUAUUCCCUGCUGCCAUUAUUAAUUCGUAGAACAGAACAAGAAAACUGCAUAGUCAUGGCGGACCCACAAAGACAUCUUGAAGAACAGCAAUAUUGGCACUCUGCAUGGAGGGUUUUCUCUUUCGCCAAUGAAUAAAUCUGGAAACAUUUCUUGCAGAUUCUAUUUGUAUUUAAUAUAAAAUCAUUAAGUUGAGACUGAUUUUUGAAGCAAUCCAAAAACACUACAAUUGUUUUAACAAGAAAUAAAAGUUAAUUUGAUUCUUCCUCAACAAUUUAACUAUGGUAGUGAUUGUGUUUUGAAAUCUCAGUGGCUUUUACUUUGUAAGCUCUUGCACUGUAAUUGGUGGCUAUGAAGAUCAGCUAGCCAGUCUAUAAGAAUGAAUAGCUGUAAAACACAUUUUAAUCUUUUAAGGGUUUCUUCUAUAAAAACAAUUCUGAUUACA